CAAGUCACACGGUGUCAUAGCACAGUAACAUAUUUUAAAAACUGGUUGUAAUUUUAUUGAAAUCAUUGUUAUAACUUAUUAUAGUUAAUGAUUUAUUCAAUUCAUUAAUCCAAUGUUUUACCAGUAUUUUAUUGAGAAGUUUGUCAGCGUCGUUCUUUGUAAAGAAUUGGAAUGAUCAUUUAAAUAAUAAAGCAAGUUCAUUUAUCAUUUGAGGAGACGAGCUUGAUUAUCUAUUUUGAUUUUGUUAGAAAGAACAACAACAUGACCUCGCAAGCUUUAGCGUCUCUGACCGCCACAUACACUGACUCGGAAGGCGAGGAAGAUAUGGAAGAUGGACAACAAACACCGGAAAAAGAAGAAGGUAAAUCAAUCCAGUCGGCACCUAAUAGUCCCCAUAGAAUAGAAGAUUCAGUCAAGUCCUCAUCAGCACCCGUAUCUCCCAAAAGAAGAUUAGUUUCUUACAAUGACGAUACUGUAGUGUCGGACGAAGAUCAGUCCUCCCCUAGUGCCGAGAAUAGAGACGACAUGAGAAGGCUCUCAAUGGAAACUGAUACAGAUGAAGCAAUACAACGGUCUGACCCUGACGACUCAGAAGAUGGUGUAACUAUACCUCCAGAACCACCCGGCAAGUGUCCUAAGGAAUUGCAAGAGACAAUUGCCAAAUUCUAUAGUAGAAUGGUAAAUGAAGGUUUAGACAUGAACAAGAUAAUACAAGAUAAGAAAAAUUUCCGAAAUCCUAGCAUAUACGAAAAGCUGAUACAGUUCUGUGACAUCAAUGAGUUGGACACUAAUUAUCCUCCGGAAAUUUAUGAUCCCUUGAAAUGGGGAAAGGAGUCAUACUAUGAUGAAUUAGCACGUGUGCAAAAAGUGGAAAUGGACAGGCGAGAGAAGGAGAAGAAAGAGAAAUUGGCCAAGAUAGAUUUUAUUUCAGGUGUGGCAAAAAAACCCGAAAGUGAUGAAGAGAAAAAGCGGAAGUCAAAAUGGGACCAAGCGGCCCCUAAUGUGGCAGCAAAGCCCACCAUCAAGCAGCCGGGGUUGGUGCAGCAGCCACUGACUAGCAAUGUGACUGGUACCAAAGGAACUGUCAUAUCUGCAUUUGGCUCUUUACCAAAAAAACAAAAGAUAUGACACAAAAAUUGGAUUAGCCUGAAUUAAUGGCACAUUUUCAUAUAUGUACUUGUAAAUGAAAUUAAAUAUAAGGUGGAUGUUUUAACAUCAAUAAAACAUUUGCAUAUUGCA